CCUCUCGGGAUGGAAUCUGGUGCCAUACCUGAUGGCAGCAUCACUGCAUCCUCGUACCAAAGCGCUGGUGUCGAGCCCUACCGUGGGCGGCUAAACGGAGUUGCUGGAGGUGCUGGUGCCUGGAUAGCCAUGCACCGCACUAUCGGAGAGUGGUUGCAGGUGGAUUUAGGUGAAAUGAAGCGCGUCAUGGGCACCAUCAUUCAGGGUCGCCAUACUGCCGACCAGUGGGUGACGUCAUACAAGCUCCAGCACAGUACAGAUGGGAUUUGUUGGACAACAUACGCCGGCUGCGAUGGCUUGGAAAUGAUCUUUCCAGGUAACGUCGACAGGAGCCUCCCUGUCACGAACCUACUGGACAACCCAGUUGAUGCUCGUUAUGUGCGUUUCCUGCCUCAGUCCUGGAAUCAUUACAUCGCUUUGAGGGUGGAGAUUGCGGGUUGUGACACAACGGGAUUUCCCGGAGUAUGUGUCGACCCCCCGACCCAAGCCAACACUACCGGGCCCGUGUGCGACUGUCCUUAUCUGCCGGGGGAGAACUGCACCUACCCAUGUUCUCCGGGAUAUCGCGUCAUUUCCGGUGACGUCAUAACCAUAACAUGUACAACAGAUGGGUCAUGGACAGAGCCGGAUGUUUUCUGCGAAUGUAUGAAAUAGAAACAAAAUAAGAACAAAUUUAGGAGCUGCUAUACGAAAUAGAUAUUUUUCUAAGCAUGAUUUUAGCUCAUGAUUUUGUCUAGUAGCUAUA